CCCGACGCCAGCACGACCGCGCCGCCCCGCCGCCCCGCCGCCACGCCGUGCCGCCGCCCCGCGCGCGAGUCUGCCGACGCAACGCGAGGCCCUCCGCGACCAGCGCCAGCGCGCCCUGGAUACUGUGGAGCCGGCGAGGAUUACCGAAGUGUGUUGUGAAGUGCUAGCAGUGUGUGUGCGAACCCUCAAGUGGUUGCGAAGUGAUUGCCGCCCGUCGGUCAAGUCUGUCGCUGUCUGAUCCGUGUGGAUUGCCAUCGGCUCGUUUGAAAGGUGCGCGCCCGGCAGGAAUGGCGACUACCCGUGUUCGCGCUGCUGGCCGCGCCGCUGCCGCCUGACUGGCCGCGGUCGCGGUGGACAGGACCUCUCCCCAGGCGGUGCCAGGGCCGGCGGCAAGCUCGCCAACGAGCCCCGCGAUGCCGUGGAGCAGCCCGGCCGGCUUGUAGAGGCCGCCACGCCCGCGCUCGCGAGCUGCCGCUCUCCGCCGGCAUGGCCCCGCGCGAGGCCGAGGGGCCGGCCGCGGGCCUCGACGGCGCCGGCACCACCUGCCCGACGACGUGGUCGUGGCGGCAGAGGCUGCGGCCGCCGCCCGGGACGCGGUGGCGGCUGCCGCUGUUGCUGGCGCUGGCGCUGGCCGUGGCGCCGGCCGCCGCCUUCUGCCCCGCCGGCUGCGUCUGCAACACGCUGCGCAUCUCGUGCGAGGACGCCGGGCUGGACGUGGUGCCGUUCCAGCUCAACCCCGAGGCCAGCACCAUCACGCUCCGGGGCAACAACAUUCUGUCGGUCGAGUACACCGUCAACUUCUACCAGCACCUGCAGCAGCUGGACGUGUCCCAGAACCGGCUGCAGUCGCUCGGCAGCAAGAACUUUGACGCGCUGGAGCGGCUCGUGAGCCUCAACGUGAGCGGCAACGAACUGGGCGCGCUGGGCAAGGACGCGUUCCGGGGGCUGCGCGCGCUGCGGGUGCUGGACCUCAGCGACAACCUGCUGGAGCAGCUGGACCGCCACGCCUUCGCCGAGAUGCACGACUUGUGGGAGCUGCACCUGCGCCGCAACCGGCUGGCCGCCGUGGCGGACGGCGUGUUCGACGCGCUCGUCAACCUGCGCGUGCUGCAGCUGGCCGACAACCAGCUGCUGGCGGUGCCGUCGGGCGCGCUGGGCCGCCUCACCUCGCUGCGCGCGCUGCACCUCAGCGGCAACCUGCUCGAGGACCUGGGCGCGCAGGCCUUCGCGCCGCUCCGCGAGCUGGCCGCCCUCGCGCUCGCCAACAACGUGAUCGCCGAGGUGCACCCCGCGGCCCUGGAGGGGCUGGUCGCCCUGGAGCGCCUGGACCUCGCAGACAACAACGUGACGGCCGUGCCCACCGUGCCGCUCGCCAGCCUGCGCCGCCUCAGCUACCUCGACCUCAGCGGCAACAUGUUCGCGGCCGUGGGGCCUGGCGCCUUCCACGGACUGGCCGAGCUGCGGGUUCUCCGCCUCAAUAGGCUCGUCAGGCUGACGCGGGUGGACGGGCGCGCCUUCCAGGACAACAAGCGGCUGGAGGCCGUGUGGCUGGAGGGCAACGUGCGGCUGCAGGCGCUGCCCGCGCGGCUGCUGCACGGCAGCCCGCUGCUGGCGCGGGUCUCGGUGCGCGGCUCGGCGCUGCAGUCGCUGGACGCGGCGCACUUCCCGCUGGACCGGCUGCAGCUGCUGGACGUGGCCGACGUGCCGCUCACGUGCAACUGCUCGCUGCUGUGGCUGUGGCUGCUGUGCCGCGAGCAGCGCCAGCACGCCCUCGCCGCCAACGACUCCACCACCACGGAGUCCCCGGCGCCCGCCUCCCCGCUGCCCUUCCUGGCCGAGUCGCCGGUGCAGGUGCUGCACCCCGUGAUCGUGGACGUGGACCGGAUCCGCUGUGCGGGCCCGGCCGACCUGCGCGGCUUCGCCGUCCUGGACGUGCCCGAGGCGGACGUGCGCUGCGAGGCCUCGUGGAUGGCGGUGGUCAUGGUGACGGUGGUGGUGCUGGCGCUGUUCGCCGCCACGUGCGCCGUGCUCUUCUUCCUCAGCUCGGGCCGCAUGUGCGGCGGCGAGAAGGACGCGUCGGACGUGAGCACGGACUCGUUCGCCACGCAGCACUCGACGCUGCACCACAAGCACGGGCUGGCGGGGCUGGGCACGCUGCCGCGCGCGCCCCCCGUCAUGGUGCUGCCCGCCGACACCAAGCUGCUCGAGCCCACCUACGCCACCAUCGGGCUGCCGGGGCUGCCGCCGCCGCUGCCGCCCGCCGCCUACGACACGUACGGCAAGAAGCAGGACGUCGCCGUGAACGGCGCGAACGCGUACCAGCGCGCGCUCAACAACUGGGACUCGAGCUUCAACGGCAACGGCACGCACCACGCGCACCACACGCUGGGCCGGCACGACCAGCAGCGGCACAAGGCCCCCAAGGGCGCCGCGGGGCUGCCGGCUGGCGGCCAGUACGGCACGUACCACAACCACAACCACUACUCCAUGGCCAUCGACAUGACCAAGAAGCCGCCGCACAUCGUGUACGUGUAGCAGUGAGUGGGGCGGGGGGUGGCCGCGGGCGCAGCCGGCCGCGCUGCGGGCGGGGCCCCUUCCGCGACCUCCACGCCCACCGCGAGCCCCGCCUCCACGCCGGCCUCCACGCCGGCCACCACGCCGGCCUCCACGGCCACGUCCCCCACCCUGACCCCGAGCUCCCCGCUAUGCCCCUCGACCCCCUCGGGCAGCCUCGUGCUCGUGGCAUGAGACGAGCCAACAAAGCUAAUAAAGACUGUCUCCGUGGCUGGCCCGGGGCCCGGGCCCGGGUGGGGUCGGACUGGGGUGCGCUGGCCGUUGCCUCGCUCGCCUUGUCCGACCCCGUCGCCAGUCAGCACGAGCUCUCGUGUCGGUUCAGGGGAGUGUGCGUCGGGAAACGGAAAAGUGAAAUGCGGCGCAACACACAGAUAAAAUAUAUUUCUGUACGAUAGUUAAAAUGUUUACUAAAAACGUUUGUUACGGUGGCACAGAAAAUUUAGGACUUUGUGCGGACUUUUGAGAGUGACUUAAAUUUUCUUCCUUUACAUCUUUCCAGCGGACAUAUUUUUGUACACUUUAUGCCAACAGUAAGUAAGUGGUUAAAACCUUAUUAAUGUUAUAUUUCUAUUUUAUUCGGAAUGUAAUUCUAUUCAUUCAUUUAACUUGUCCUGUCCUAAGUCAUAAAGUGACCAGUCUCCCUGUCGUGUUUGCAAGUUCAGUAUUCCUUCCUUUAAAUGUUUCUUCUGGAAUUCUGACUGUUUUGGAACUUCCAUUACAUUUUUACGAAAACUUUAAGAUUAAUCCGAGAUUGAUCCAAUACAAAACCCAUUUUCAAUUCGGUCAUCGCCUGCUCCAUAAAUCAUGUACAGAGGUUGAAGUUUUAUAUGUAUGCUGUAAAUAAGAAAACCUCCAAGAUUGAGUUUUACACGGCCUCUUGUAAAACACUAACAUUCUGAUGUCAAAUGUAUUUGAAAUUUUUAUAUUUAUGCAAGGGUAAAAGACUGACAAGUUUUCGUACGCCCAUUUUUGUUAGUAGUAUUUUAACUCAAAAGUAAAUUAUAUGAUGUUGUGUAAAGUUUAAGGAUGUACUAAUAAUUAUUGUAAAUAUUUUAUGCUCACAUGAGCUGUCAGUGAGACCAGUACAGUAAUCUGCUAGUCAUGUUUGAGAAAGUUAUUGUCUAACUUAUUGAUGAAUGGUUUGUUGAUAAGUCAGUUACCUUUUUGGGCAUUUUUCUUUGAAAAUUGAACGCGAUAAUUGUGUUUUUCACUUUUGUCAGCUAGUAUUCCCUAGUUUCCUGAAUGACGUGGAAAGGAACCCAGGUUACAUUGAUCAAAAAUAUAGUGCUUUCCAUUUAUUGUUUGAAGAUACCUUCCUUUAGUAGAUCGCAUGACUGUUCAAGUUUUACCUGGGGAAAAACUUUCAUUAAAUUCGACUAAAAUAUCAAUUUUAAAAAAUUCCCCGUUUCUCCUUUUGGGUCGUCAGUGUUGUUUUGUGAAGGACGCCAAAGGUCUCCCCGCACUGUAACUCCUUUCGCUUAGUUACUCAAUCCAGGAACCAUCUAAGCUAAGCGUGCAGUGUGUGGUGGAAUACUAGUGCUGGCAGAUUUAGAAACCGUUCGUACAUAAAGUUCUUCCACGGACAGUAAUAGUCAAAAUCAUUUGUCUUCUUGUACAAACAUAUAGGCAUACAUCUAGAUCCCGUGCUUGCGAGAAAACAAAAUUAUUGUUAAGUCCAUCAUGUUAAUAAAAAAAUAUUUCUCUCGACAA